UUUAAGCCCUGGAGGCUUACACUGAAUUUAAAUAAAGGCGGCUAACUUCCCUUCUACUCCAACCAGCUUUACCAGUCCUUUCCCUUUCCGUUUUCCCACCCUUUCACUCUCCGGAAGGAGCCGAACACUUUAGAGCACUUCCCAGUCUUCCUCUACUCGCUCACGGAAAGAGCCGAAAGCAGAGCUGGGUGCUGAAGCCCAGCUGCCUAGGUCUCGGGCCCUUCCGGACAGACCCGGACUGCGCUCGGAAGAGGAGGGCGCCUCGGAUUUCGGCGCCUCGCCUCCGCGCGGUGCCUUCUGUUGGCGGCGUAGGGCAGCAGUAGCGGCUGUGUCGACGUCGACCAAGACUGGAGCGACGUUUAAAGAAGCAGCAGAAUCGCCGGGGAGUCCGGCUUCUUGUCGGAUUCUGACCCUUCCGCGGCCUUAAGAGAAAGCGGCGGCGGCGCCUGGAAGCAGGCAUGGAGAGUAGAAAACUGAUUUCUGCUACAGACAUUCAAUACUCAGGCAGUCUGCUGAACUCCUUGAAUGAGCAGCGUGGCCAUGGACUCUUUUGUGAUGUUACUGUUAUUGUGGAAGACCGAAAAUUUCGAGCUCAUAAGAACAUUCUUUCUGCUUCAAGUACAUACUUCCAUCAGCUGUUCUCAAUUGCUGGGCAAGUUUUUGAACUGAGUUUUAUAAGAGCAGAGAUUUUUGCAGAAAUUCUGAAUUAUAUCUAUAGUUCUAAAAUUGUACGUGUUAGAGCAGAUUUACUUGACGAGUUAAUUAAAUCAGGGCAGUUACUAGGAGUGAAAUUCAUAGCAGAGCUUGGUGUCCCACUGUCACAGGUUAAAAGCAUCUCAGGUACAGUGCAGGAUGGUAAUGCUGAAACUUCAUCUCCUGGUUCUAAUGACAAAAACCUUGAAAUACAAAAAUCAAAAGAUGAAGCCCAAGAUAAUGGGGCUCCUAUAAUGCCCAUUAUAACAGAGUCUUUUUCAUUAUCUGCUGAAGAUUAUGAAAUGAAAAAGAUCAUUGUUACUGAUUCAGAUGAUGAUGAUGAUGAUGUCAUUUUCUGCUCUGAGGUUUUGCCUGCAAAGGAGACUUUGCCGAGUAACAACACAGUGACACAGGUCGAGCCAAACCCAGCCCCUGUUGCUAUUUCUGAAGUGGCACCUUGUGCUAGCAAUAACUCUCCCCCUUUAACAAAUAUCACACCUACUCAGAAGCUUCCUACUCCUGCAAAUCAGGCAACUCUGAGCCAAACACAAGGAAGUGAAAAAUUGCUGGUGUCUUCAGCUCCAACACAUCUGACUCCUAACAUUAUUUUGUUAAAUCAGGCUCCACUUACUACGCCACCAAAUGUCAGCUCUUCACUUCCAAAUAAUAUGUCCUCUUCAAUCAAUUUACUUGUGCAGAAUCAGCAGACACCAAACAGCUCUGUUUUAACAAGAAAAAAGGCCAAUGAAGAAGAGGAGGAAGAAAUUAUAGAUGAUGAUGAUGACACUAUUAACUCCAGCCCAGACUCAGCAGUCAGUAAUACAUCUUUGGUCCCACAAGCUGAUACCUCCCAAAAUACCACUAUUGAUGGAUCAUUAACCCAGAAGAUGCAGAUUCCGACACUUCUGCAGGAGCCACUUUCUAAUUCUUUAAAAAUUUCAGGUAUAAUUACUAGAAACACUAAUGAUCCAGGCUUACGAUCAAAGCAUCUAAUGGAGGGUCAGAAAAUCAUCACUUUAGAUACAGCUACAGAAAUUGAAGGCUUGUCAACUGGUUGCAAAGUGUAUGCAAAUAUUGGUGAAGAUACUUAUGACAUAGUGAUCCCUGUCAAAGAUGACCCUGAUGAAGGGGAGACCAAACUUGAGAAUGAGCUACCAAAGACAUCUGGCAGUGAGCCACCAAACAAACGUAUGAAAGUAAAGCAUGACGAUCACUAUGAGUUAAUAGUAGAUGGAAGGGUCUAUUAUAUCUGCAUUGUAUGUAAAAGGUCGUAUGUCUGUCUGACAAGCUUGCGAAGACAUUUUAACAUUCAUUCUUGGGAGAAGAAGUAUCCAUGUCGUUAUUGUGAGAAGGUAUUUCCUCUUGCAGAAUAUCGCACAAAGCAUGAAAUUCAUCACACAGGGGAGCGAAGGUAUCAGUGUUUGGCUUGUGGCAAAUCUUUCAUCAACUAUCAAUUUAUGUCUUCACACAUAAAGUCAGUUCAUAGUCAAGAUCCUUCUGGGGACUCAAAGCUCUAUCGUUUACAUCCAUGCAAGUCUUUACAGAUCAGACAGUAUGCAUACCUUUCUGAUAGGUCAGGCACUGUGCCUGUCAUGAAGGAUGAUGCUAUCGGAUAUAAGGUUGAUGCUGGAAAAGAGCCUCCAGCAGGGACUACAUCCACUCCUCAAAACAAGCCAAUGUCCUGGGAAGGUAUUUUUAUUCGGCAAGAAAAUGAUUCCAUUUUUAAGCAGAAUGUAACAGAUGGCAGUACUGAGUUUGAGUUUAUAAUACCAGAAUCUUACUGAACUCCUUUGAAAUAUCACGAAGCUUGGGUUGGGUUAAGGGGCAGUGAUUUCAGAAGACCUGUGAAACAAGUGAAAAGUUAAUUUGAUCUGCUACAUCAUCUGAAAGUAGUCUAGUUGGAUUGUUGAUAAUCUUUAGAAGCAAUUUUCGAAAAAGUAGAGAUUGGAAAGCCCCCUCCCAGUAUAUGAUUGUAUAGUUAGCUUUUAGCUCAUUUAAAAGAGUUGAAAAUUAAAAGAUGCAGAAAGAUAGUUUUCUGAAUAGUAUUUGAAGCAGUCUGAAUGUUCUUUGAGAAUUACUGGAGCUACUAGAGUUACUAAUAUACCCUAGUACAGCUUAUAACUUUCCCCUUCCAUGUUAGCACUUUAUUGAUGAAUUUUCCAUUUUCUUAACAUUAAGACUAUGUGUUGUGUCUUGUAUAUGGCAUAAAAAGUAAAGAACUUCCAAAAAUUGUUCUAGUAAAUUUCAGAAUAAGUCCUACCUGGUUGUUUAUUCUGCUAGUCCAAAUGGGUAGCAACCUCCUGCCUCCCUCCAUGAAAAUAGCCAUGCAAAUAAGUCUCCUAUGAAGAAUGAGUUAGUUUUAGCUAAUUAGAAUUAAUCAUUAAUCGUUGCUUUUAUUGCCAUAUUCUUUAAAAGA